GAUUUGCCAUCAGCAGCAGUUGUAGACUGCCUAGAGAGAUUCUCUUUAUGGGCGGGGAAUAUGGGUGCCAUGCGCAACCCUCUGGCGUCGCUGUCGCUUGAUCGGCGACUUCUUCAAGCGACAGAUAUUCGGCAGCAGAUACAUCGACAACUCGAUGAGAUGGAAGAAGCUAUUGGUGAUUUGACGAAGAUGAUUCGCAACCCGAGUGUGAAUCGCGGCACCGCAAUCGACCAAAUUAGCAGCUCUUCAAUAGUCGGGAUAAGCGCCUUGGACAAGCCUAGCGAAGACAUUCUUGACGAGACUAAAAUAACGUUACAGAUAAUCCACGAAUGCAUAAACUCUCUAUUUCGCCUGGGUAUCCUGAUUAGAAAGCUGAACAAGUACUCCAAACUAGCCAACAGUCCACUAUCUAUAAGAUUUGGCAGCGGUAUCGCCAAAAGGAGAAACUUCAUCAGGUACUGCAGAGAUCACCGAUCUCGACUGGGAAUGGAUGAGACGAAUAUCCACGACGUCGCGGAUACUGAGCUGCUAUCGAGUAAAGCUACGACACUCGCCCCUCCUCCCAAUUUUGACUUGACCUCACAGGAAGAAGAAGGCGAUAAUUUCUCUCUUGCUAGCGCUUCAACAAUGGCAACUUCCUUAUCAAAUCUAACGUUACCAAGUUUGGUCGAUUUGGCUCCGACUAGCCAGCCCUUUGAGUGUCCAAUCUGCUUCACUAUUCAGUCAUUUGAAAACGAAAAGUCAUGGAAGCUCCACGCGUUUCGUGACUUGAAAGCAUAUGUGUGCACGCUUGGCGGGGCUGAAUGUGAUGCAGAACUUUUCGAAGAUCGUGACUCAUGGUUCGAGCAUGAGCUACGAAAACACAGAUCGCAAUAUUUUUGCAUCUUGUGCAGAUCAGCAGGCUUUUCUUAUCUAGACUUGCAAGCCCAUAUCCUGAAAACUCAUGGACAUUUCUCGGAUGCGCAACUCACAAUGCUUCAAGAAGAAGGAAGAGAAAAUCCUACACAAUUUGAAGCUCAAGAUUGCCCAUUUUGUGAUGAAUGGGCAGAACAAUUGCUACAGAAGUCGAAGUCAGGAAUUCGACCACUUGAUUCAAUGCAACGAUUACUUGUUAACCAUUACCGGUUCAAAAGACACGUUGCCUCACAUCAAGAGCAGCUGGCAAUAUUUGCCGUACCACGAGCCAAUGAAGAUGAA